AGUGAUUUAUUCUUUUUUUUUACGGCCUGGUCGGUGUCGGUUGGUAGGGGGGGGGGGUCGACCAGUUGCUGCUGCACACCCGGAACUACAAACACGGCAGGUACGAUUUGCAUCUGUGCCGAUUAUGUUGCAAAUAACGCGCACACACAAAACGUCAACACUACAAGAUGGACGUUGGCGUGCUGUCGCGAUGCUGCUGCUGCUGCUUUCGUCGUCGUUGAUGUGUCGGGACGACACCGAGUAGGAUGUUACUCGCGUCCGCCGCGGUCGUGUGGGAAUGGCUGAAUGAGCACGGCCGCUGGCGGCCCUACAGCCCGGCGGUAUGUCACCACAUCGAGGCGGUCAUCCGGAGCGACCCGCGCUGCGCUAGCGUGGUCCUCGGCCAGGUGGACUCUCGCCUCUCGCCCUACAUCAUCGACCUGCAGUCCAUGCACCAGUUCCGCCAGGACACGGGUGGGCACCCUUCGAGCGGUCCGGCGUGGCUUCUAUGAGCCCACCUCAGCGCCCGGCCAGGGCUGGCUGUGGGAGUGGGAGAACGACGUGGGCAGUUGGACACCGUAUGACACGGAGGUGGGCAUCGCCAUCCAGGCGGCGCGGGACCGCCAGCAGCCCUGGCUGGACCUGUCACCGCUGGGUUUCUGCUACCUUAUCGACUUUGGGAGUAUGACCCAAAUCAACGGGCAGACGCGGCGAUGCCGUCGCAUUCAGCGACGCGCCGAUUUAGCGUACCCCUUGGUGUCAGGCCCCCUGCCCAAAUCCCAGCACGCGUGGGCACCCGCGUCCGCUCCACACCCCGGAGGAUUUACGGACAUUACCGCAGGGGGUGCGGGAAUCAGGAUGGGCGGUGCGGGGGGAGGCAAUGGUAGCGCGUACCCCAGCGGGGCACUCCCCGCUUCAGCUAUCACCUCUUUGGGAGCGCCCUGCGCCUGCCAGCAGUGCAUGCUGCUGCUCAGUGUCAAGGUGGGCACUGUGUCCAACGCUCAAACUCUGGGUCGGAGACCACCUCAGACUAAACCGCCUAGUCCCAAACUUAGCAGUCAUUUGAUCCCUGGAGGGGCCUGGUCACUCACCCUCCCACGACUGCCCUCCAUCUCACGGUCGUUCUCCCCUCAUAGGACGUCCGUAGUCGGGGCGACGGGCGGCGGUCUCGCUAUGGCGAGUACGGGUACGAGCGGCGGCUUCGCACACUCGCUCUCCCUUCUCAGCUCGGCCACCACCGCCCUGUCACUGAACUCCGGCCGCCCGCCGCCCCCAUCGCUCCCCCCACCGCCGCCGCCCUCACUGUCCACCCAGCCUCACCCUUCCACCUCGCCGCCCUGUUCGACUCCUGCGGCGCCCGCUCCGGGCCCGCCUCUCGCCUCGGCCGGCGCGCCCUCACCUUCCGCCCGCGUGCUGGGCCCGCUGACUACAACUCUGCCACCGCGGUCCAGCCUGGCGGGGCUGAGCCGACCGGCGCUCCAGCGUCUCGCCAUGGCUCAGUCCCGCGCUCUCAUCGCCUCAGGGGUGCCGACGGUUCCCGUCAAGAACCUGAACGGUUCCAGCCCUGUGCACCCUGCCCUAGCCGGGAUUACCGGCAUCCUUAUGAGUGCGGCGGGUCUUCCCGUCUGCCUGACCCGUCCUCCCAAGCUGGUGCUUCACCCACCGCCUGUCAGCAAGAGCGACAUCAAACCCGUACCGGGUCUGGGCCACUGCUGUCGCAAAACCACCAAGAAGCAGGCCCGCAAAGGUAGGACCCCCGAGGAGGUGGUUAAGAGAUACCUUCAGAAAGUUCGAAAUCCCCCUGAAGAGGACUGCACCAUCUGCAUGGAAGUCCUAUCGGGUCCAUCGGGCUACAAAGGCCCCGGCGUGGGCGGCAUCUCCCGCGCAGAGUUGGUGGGUCGCCUGGCGCAGUGCGGCCACCAGUACCACCUGCAGUGCCUGGUGGCCAUGUACAACAACGGCAACAAGGACGGCAGCCUGCAGUGCCCCACGUGCAAAACCAUAUACGGCGUCAAAACCGGGAACCAGCCUCCGGGCAAGAUGGAGUACCACGUCAUCCCCCACUCGCUCCCCGGACAUCCUGACUGCAAAACCAUCCGCAUCAUUUACAACAUUCCUCCUGGCAUUCAGGACCUGGAGCACCCAAACCCCGGCAAACCCUUCACCGCCCGUGGCUUCCCAAGACACUGUUACCUCCCGGACAGCGACAAAGGCCGAAAGGUUCUGAGGCUGCUCCUGGUGGCGUGGGACCGCCGCCUCAUAUUCUCGGUGGGUACGUCCAGCACCACCGGCGAGUCGGACACGGUCAUCUGGAACGAGGUGCACCACAAGACGGAGUUCGGCUCCAACCUGACGGGCCACGGCUAUCCCGACCCGGGCCACCUGGACAACGUUCUGGAGGAGCUGAAGGCUCAGGGCAUCACCGAGGACGAAUGUCUUCCCAGAGAUUGAGCCAAUCGUGAAAACGGAUUCAUCUGUCAUUUAUGGGUGAGGUCUGGAUUUUUACCUUCAAGCAGGGGUGGGGGUGACCUAGCUUUUCAUCUGGCCCGCCCGCCUUUCAAACCUCAGAGGAGCUGUUUAAGAAAGCCCCAAAACGCUCAUACCUUGGCGUACUCCCACAUAGCGUUGAAAAUUAAGAUAAAAAAACAAAAAAACACUUUUGUUUAUUUUAGUCUGACGUUCAUACAGUCGUUUUGGCUGUGAUUGACUUAAAUUUAGAGUCGGUCUUAAAAAUGCCGAUGUCACGUAAAAUCAACAAGAUGACCUUUUUCACCAGUUUGUCAAGCGUUAAACGUCGGCCUCAAAAGCAGUGCUCUGAAUGUUUGAUUCAUGGUACACGUUUCCAUGGAAACUGGUAACCGCUUGUUGUUAGGCUUCAAAAAGGAUGAUGUCAUGUAACGUAGUCAACAAAACAAAAAUGUCUGUAAUCCAUCCAUCCCAUGUAAACAAGCUCUAAAAAAAAAAAAAAAUCUUAGAAUGCGAUACUCGUAGGUUUUCAAAACAUUUGAUCUUUUUUUCCCCCACCGUUAUUUUUGGGUAUAUUUUUUAUCAAUUUGCAUUUUUCCAAACACUUUACAUGGAAAACAGUAAUGCUGUCAUUUUGAGUUCUUUUAACGUUUCAGUCUGUAAAAUGCUGAUUUCAUGUAAGCGUCAAAACAACAGCUAUGUAAAACAAUUUACUUUGAACAAACUCGAGUCUACUUCAAUUCGUAAUAAUUGUUCUCGUUUCUCAUGUUAGUUAGGUAACAUUUUUCAUUUUCCCAUGAAUUCACAAUGGUGCUCUGAGGUUUUCCCCCCACCCCUGUCUUAAAGGAACAGCGACAAAAAUAAACCAACAACAUGCAUGACCUGCAAAAUUGCAUUUUGAUACCACUGUGCACAUCCAGUACAAGUCAGUCAGUGUUCAAUUACUUCAAACUGUGAGACUUCUGUCAAAAAUUGAAGUGCCCCCCUGGCCACUUCAAUUGAGCAUGGACGUUUGCUGACCUCUAGAGUUACUUUUUGACAACUACAUUUCAUUUGAUUCAUUUGUUACUUCUGACAUUACUGUAUAAACUAUCAGCUGACGUGUUUGUAUUUGGAUUUUGCAAUGACUUAAUUCUUAUUUAUGUUAUUUGAGGUACAUUUAGACAUGUCUUAGUUAUUUAUGCAUUCUUUUUGUUAUUUUUAAUUGUCAUUUUUAAUAUAAAAUUGUAUAUGUAACUAUUAAAAGCAUUUAUAUUUUAUGUAUGGAUGUAUGCACCUUGUAUGUAUGUUAUAUAUGUGCGCAAAUUUGCAUUAAAGUUUGUUUUUUUU